AUGGUGUACAACGACCUCCGCUUGGCAGGAAAAACUACCGACGCUGUCAUUGUUGCUGAAGGUGUCGAAUUUAAAGUUCACAAGCUCAUCCUCUGUGAUUUUGCUCAGUAUUUCCGUAAUCUCUUCACAAACGUGCACAGCUCAGACCAAGAGGUCUUCAUCAUACCAGGCAUAUCAGCUGAAAUCCUGCAGAUCAUCAUCGAAUAUGUUUACACCAACUCUCUCAACGUCACUGAGAAUAAUGUCCUGGAGCUUCUCCUUGCCUCAAACCAGUUGGGUUUAUAUAAAGUUGUACAUGCCUGCUGUGUCUACGUUGAGGGUCUGAUCAGCCCAGAAAACUGUAUUGGCCUCUGGAGUUAUACAGCGACUGUCUGCCGUCAACCUGUGCUUAACUUCAAGAUCUACCAAUACAUCUUACAACACUUUGAGUUGGUCGCUCUGUGCAAUGAGUUCCUGCACCUCUCGGCAGAAGAGCUUGCUAAAAUCAUUGAGGAGGACAACUUGGUGGUUAGAAAGGAGAGUUUGGUGUUUGAGGCCAUUUUGAGGUGGAUUUCUCAUUAUCCUGCAAAUCGGAAGACCCACUUCAGUGCUCUCCUUUCCAAGGUCCGACUGGCCCUAUUGGAUUCACAGUACAUCAAAGACAAUGUAAAGCCUAGCAUAAUGUUGCAAGGCCAGUUGCUCUAUCUCCUUUCCGUUGCCACUAGAACUAAAAUUGUUCAGUACUACUUCGGACAUGGUUUCAGCGGUAUCUCUAACCCCUGUGCUCGCCCUCGGCUGCCAACCGCCAUCCUACUUGCCUUCGGCGGCUGGAGUGGUAUAAGUCCAACCAAUGGCAUUGAGGCUUAUGAUGUCCGUGCUAACCUCUGGCUCAAUGUGACUGACAGAUCCCAGCCUCCUCGUGCCUACCAAGGCACUGCCCUCCUCAAUGGCUUUAUCUACAGCAUUGGUGGCUUUAACAAGUUGGAGUACUUCAACAGCGUGUGUAAGUUUGACCCUAUCACAAGAAACUGGCAAGAGGUGGCCCCCAUGCACUACCGACGAUGCUAUGUGAGCGUGACAGUGCUGAACAGCUGCAUAUAUGCCAUGGGAGGUUAUAAUGGAAUCACUAGAUUACGCUCAGCAGAGUACUAUCGGCCAGAGAUCAACCAGUGGAGUUUGAUUGCUGCAAUGAAUGAGCAAAGGAGUGAUGCACACUGCACCACCCUUAACAACAAGAUCUACAUCUGUGGGGGAUUCAAUGGUCAUAGUUCUCUGCAGACAGCGGAGUGUUACAGCCUGCAGACAGGACAAUGGACAAUGAUCACCCCUAUGAUCAGAAGACGCAGUGGAAUACGAGUCAUCGCACAUGCAGGACUUCUUUAUGCAGUUGGUGGUUUUGACGGCAGCAGACGCCUGCGCUCUGUUGAGGCCUUCAACCCUGACACUUAUCUCUGGAGAGAUGUGGCCUCCAUGAUUAGGCGCCGCAGCAACUUUGGCAUCGGAGUGGUUGAAGGUCGACUUUAUGUUGCUGGAGGCUUCAAUGGCUUAACCACCUGCAACAAUGUGGAGUGUUACGAUGCCGAUACAAACAGGUGGUCAGAGGUCUGUAGUAUGGGAAUCUCCCGCAGUGCUCUUAGCUGCUGUGUAAUAACCGGCCUCCCCAACAUGGCUGAUUAUGUGAUCCCUCGAUGCCACCUGCCCCUGCUUCCAGUAGAGCAAGUAGAAUUAUAA